CGGAAUAAGGCUGCUGCUAAAAGUGAAUGAGUGUAUUCCUAUCACACAACCUAUUCAACACUCCAUCACAAACACAAACACACAAUCAACAACUUUAUCAAGACAAAAAGUACACAAUACGAUCAUCAUUACACACUGUUCGACUACUCCAUGAACACAAGCCAACGGUAAUUAUUGCUAAAACGCUAUCCCGCACGCGGAACAUCAUUGCCCCGAACAAUCAGAAAGAUAAAGGGAACCUUCGUAUACAUUCAUUGCUUAUCAACGACCGCUUCUUAGAGCAAAGAAAGUCGCAUACAAUCCUUCUCAUCCUAUACCACACUUUGAUGUGUUCCUAAAGAUGGGCGCUCUAUGUUGCAAGGCAGAAGCGAUUGAUUUUGAUGGUCCUGUGGACUUGUAUCAUUUCUAUUUGCUUAGAGCGGUCGGAAAAGGUGCAUUUGGAAAAGUAAGAGUGGUUCAACAUAAACAAACAAAAAGCUUAUACGCUUUAAAAUAUAUCAAUAAAGCAAAAUGUGUCAAAAUGCGAGCGGUUUCAAACAUCAUUCAAGAAAGAAGAUUAUUGGAAGAGAUUGAAUCACCUUUCAUUUGCAAUCUGCGGUAUGCCUUCCAAGAUGAUGAAAACUUAUUUAUGGUGUUGGAUUUGAUGCUUGGUGGAGAUUUACGAUUUCAUCUGGAUAGGAAUGGAAAUAUGAAAGAAGAAGUCGUUCGGUUCUACGUGGCGGAAUUGGCACUUGGACUGGAUUAUCUGCACAGACUGCAAAUCGUUCAUCGGGAUUUGAAGCCAGACAACGUUUUACUGGACGAAAAAGGACAUGUACAUCUAACGGAUUUCAAUAUCGCCGUUCACUUCUCACAUAGACGUCCACUAACAAGCGUAGCAGGAAGUAUGGCAUACAUGGCACCCGAAGUGUUGGCAAAGAGGGGAUAUUUGAGCAGCGUUGAUUGGUGGUCUCUAGGGGUGAUGGCGUACGAAUUGCUAUUUGGACGGAGACCGUAUCGUGGCAAAACAAAUUCAGCACUCACACAUUCAAUCUUGAACGAUCGUUGUAGCUUUCCGGAAAACGUUGAAACGAUUGUAUCUUCCGAGACUGUAAGUUGUAUUCGUGGAUUGUUGGAGCGGGAUACGAAGAAACGACUUGGAUGCAGGAACGGGAUUGAAGAUUUCAAGAAUCAUCCAUGGUUUGCAGGAAUCGAUUGGCGGGCUCUAGAAGCUAAAGAAGCCAUUCCACCUUUUGAGCCGGAUAACAAGAAAGCGAACUUUGACGCUACACAUGAGCUGGAAGAAUUACUACUGGAAGAUAAUCCGCUCAAAGCGAAAAAGCGAGAUGAAAAGAGGGAUAUGAACGCACUUUCACCUGAUUACAGACAAAUGGAAGAGCACUUUUUACCAUUCGAUCACAUGAAACAAACGAGAAAAUCAUACUUUAAGCAUAGCCGAAGAGAUCGAGCAGGAGGCGGCGAAGCAGAUUCGGCGUCACAAGCAUCCAGCGUCGCUUUCACAUUGGCCGAUCAACCGUUGGCGGAGAUGGGUACAGGAGGAGGAGCAAAUAGUGCAACUUCUUCUUUAGCUGGAGCUAGUGGUAUCAUGAUCCCGCCGAAUGCAUACGUGGGACAAACAGCUUACCCGUCAAGCAUUGAUCGAAUGCAAAUGGGACCUUCUGAUUCGCAAGAAUAUGCAAGAGCAUACAAAGCCAGACAUACGUCCGGAAGCGGAGGGCCGAUCAUCGUUCAGCAAGUUGUUCCUCAUCAUAUGGCAACGGGCAAUAAUGUUGAAUUGCAAGUCUUGAAUGGACAGGCUCAUUGA